AUGGCGGUCGCGAGGACGGGGGUCUUCGUGGACGACUACCUGGAGUGUAAUGGAAACCGGGGGAUUUUCUUUUUAUCUGUUGCGGUCAUGAGGUUUCCUUUUGUUUCAUUCGUUUUCUUGUUGUUUCCUUGCCGAAAUUUGAAUGAUUCUCUCCCGCUUUCUGCGGGUGUCGCCGGGGGAACAAUACAGACGCGAGCACGCUGCCGGCGGAGUUGCAGAGGCUUCUGUCCACCAUGAGGGAGCUCGACGAGAGGUCCCAAUGUAGGUUCUCCUUUCUUGACGCCGCCGUCGUUCUACUCUUUUUGACCGAUUGAGCAGCGGCGCCAACCUGCAUUUCUGUUUCUCUAGUAAAUUUUUUGGGAGUACUCAAAUUUACUUCGUUUUAAAGGAGAGUUCUUUUGUAUGGUGAACCUAACUCUGAUUACCAGGAGAAUUUGCCAUUUUACUCUGGACUAGUUUGAUUUAUGCUUCCUUUUUGUGAUUCUACCGUCUAUCCAUGUAUGUGAGGGACCUUUGGCUGCCUUUUUCACAUUUUUUUUUUCUGUGAAAAUGUUUAUUUUGGCAGCCAUGGUCAACCAAGCCAGGGAUCAGACCAAAUACUUCAUCGGACUGCCCUCCCAUGGCUCAAGGAAAGGAAUCUACGAUGAUGAAGAUCUAGGGUUGGAGAAGGUUAGGAAGGAGAUCGAAGCCAAUCAAGAGAGUGCACUGAGCUUGUGUACAGAAAAGGUCCUGCUGGCGCGUCAAGCUUAUGACUUGGUGAGCUACAUCUCCAGACUCAAGUCUGUGGCCACUGCUUUAUCGAUGAAUACGAUCAAAUAACCUUGCUCAAUUCACUUUUGCGUGGCUUCCAUAGAUGAUUGGGUACCAUUUAGGGUUUUCGUUUGUCUUCUUUAAACCUCUUGGACAUCAACCUGGUGCAAACGUUUUGAAGUAUAUGAUUUUUCUCCUUUGAACUCUGUAAUGAGCUUAAUUCUUCUGUACUUUGAGUAGAACUAGGCAAUCCUUUGCCGAGAUUCUUGCUCCCCAUUUAUCUGGUAUUUGCUUUGAUUUUGUUGUAUGGUUAGUAAACCUUCUUAUAACAGGUUGGCCCACAGUCAUCCACCACUAAGUCUGGUUUUUAGUUAGUCCAUAACCUUUUUGUUCUUCAGCCUCUUUAAAUAGUUUUCUACCAUCUCCAUGAUAUUUGUCUGCCGAUUCGUUUUUGUUGUUGCAGGUUUUCUGUGAAUAUCUCCUUUGAAGAAUUUAUUGAACUGUGAACUCCAUCCCUCCUUAAUUCGCUCAUUCGAUGCAUUCUCCUCAACUUUUUCAAUGAGAUAAUCAAUUUUUCUAUGGGUUUUCUGUUCCAGAAACCUUCAUAAAAGUUCGUUUUAGAGCAACUGUAGUAAAUGAUAAUUAUGCAAAAAUCCAUGCUGUGCAGCUUGAUUGCAAGAGAUGUUCAAGCAGCUGACUUUUUGUUAAUAUACUGUUUUGGUUAGUAUCCUAUCUGAUGGGAAAGUCAAAAGGGUACGCCAGCUAUGUGACCAUAUCACAUCCAGCACUCUUUCAUUAUGUCGGAUAGAUCAUUGCUUUUCAUUGUGCUUGAUGAAAGCCAAUUAAGCUGUCAUCUCUUCCAGAUAGGUAGCCAUAUCAAACGGCUCGAUGAAGACCUCAGUCAGUUUGCAGAAGAUCUAAAGCAAGGUCGGUCAGUAAGAAUUUUUCCGAGAAGAUUUUCAACCCAUAUUUUGAUAUUUGGUCGAUCAUUUCUUGCACAAGUUGCGGAUUUCACUCCGUUCCUUCCCUCUUUGAGUCAAUUUCGCUCUGUUGUGGUCAGAGGGGAAGAUUCCACUGGAUGAACCAGUCACGCUUCCUCCAUUACCAGCUGUUCUAAAGGACGAAAGACGGAGGUCAGGUCUUCUGACUCCUCAGUCAAGGAGGUCGGAGUUCAGAGAAAGGGACUGGGACCGAGAGCGCGAUAGGGAUCUUGAACUCAUGCCUCCCCCCGGCAGUCACAAGAAGAAUGCUCUCACAGCCAUGGAUGUCGACCAAUCAGAUCCUAACGAGCCCACCUACUGCGUCUGUCAUCAGGUUUGUCUCAGCGUGAUUAUCACUUUAGCCUUGUUCUAUCAUGCCACAAGAUGUGUUAAAAAUCUGAAUUAUCCCAUUUUUUUUCAUGGUUUUAGGUGUCAUUUGGAGACAUGAUUGCCUGUGACAAUGAGAAUGUGAGCCCCCUCCGCUGGACUCUCUGUUUAUGGAAAAAAAGCAAUAUAUAUAUUUUUAAUCUGCGUAUCAUUUUAAUUUGAGUAGGAAUGUUUUACUAUGUUUGGUAAGUGAGGUAGAACAGGAGGAAAAAGAGAAAUACUGAUCAGGAUCUUAUGUGCCCAACUCUUUCUUCUCCUUUAUUUUAUUUUAUUUUAUUUUAUUUUCUCUCCGUUGGUGCAGUGCGAAGGAGGUGAGUGGUUUCACUACUCCUGCGUGGGGCUCACGCCGGAGACCAGGUUCAAGGGGAAGUGGUUCUGCCCAACCUGCCGGCAGCUGAUGUGA